UCGUCAUCAUCGACAAUAAAUGGCAUGAAAACAACCAGCACACAUUACUAUAUAAACCGAUUCAUCUAGUAAGUCCAAAGUCACACAAACAUUAAACAAUCUAAACACACAACAAUCCAAAAGAAAAAAGAAAAAAAAAAAAAAUGGCUUCAAAUUCAGCACUUCUCAUGAAAACAAUCUUCCUCGUACUCAUUUUUGUCUCUUUUGCAAUCUCUCCAGCAACUUCAACUGCGCCGGAAGAAUGUGGAAGCGAGUCAGCGAACCCGUGCGUCAACAAAGCUAAAGCUUUGCCUCUCAAAGUCAUAGCAAUCUUCGUAAUCCUCAUUGCAAGCAUGAUUGGUGUUGGAGCUCCUCUCUUUAGCCGUAACGUUUCGUUCCUCCAACCAGACGGAAACAUCUUCACUAUCAUUAAGUGUUUCGCCUCCGGGAUCAUCCUUGGAACCGGUUUUAUGCACGUUUUACCUGAUUCUUUCGAAAUGUUGUCAUCUAUAUGUCUUGAAGAGAACCCGUGGCAUAAAUUUCCUUUCUCCGGAUUUCUCGCUAUGUUAUCGGGUCUAAUCACUCUAGCCAUUGACUCCAUGGCCACGAGCCUAUACACCAGCAAGAACGCAGUUGGUAUCAUGCCCCAUGGUCAUGGUCAUGGUCACGGCCCCGCAAAUGAUGUUACCUUACCAAUAAAAGAAGAUGAUUCGUCAAAUGCACAGCUCUUGCGAUACCGAGUCAUUGCCAUGGUCUUGGAACUUGGGAUCAUAGUUCACUCGGUGGUCAUUGGAUUAUCUCUAGGAGCAACUAGUGACACUUGCACCAUUAAAGGACUUAUAGCAGCUCUUUGCUUCCAUCAAAUGUUCGAAGGCAUGGGUCUUGGCGGUUGUAUCCUCCAGGCUGAGUAUACAAAUAUGAAGAAAUUUGUUAUGGCGUUCUUUUUCGCGGUAACAACACCAUUCGGAAUAGCGUUAGGGAUCGCUCUAUCAACUGUUUACCAAGAUAAUAGCCCAAAAGCUUUGAUCACGGUUGGACUUCUAAAUGCAUGCUCCGCUGGAUUGCUCAUUUACAUGGCACUCGUGGAUCUUCUAGCUGCGGAGUUCAUGGGACCUAAGCUUCAAGGUAGCAUCAAAAUGCAGUUCAAGUGUUUAAUCGCGGCUCUUCUCGGGUGCGGUGGAAUGUCGAUUAUCGCCAAAUGGGCUUAACUAAUACUCCAGAUAUUGCGGAAUUGAAAUCAUGUGGAUUUCAUUAUCGAACUAAAACCGUUUUAGGUUUACGUCUCGAUUCUCUAUCGGUUUUUUAUCUUCUCUUACAAAAGAUUUGCGUGGAUCUAUCACAUUUUAAGGAACAUGUCUUUUGGUAGAUAUGUAAAUGUGAUAGGCCCCACGAUUCAUAGUUUUCUUUUGUAUCUUCCUUUAUUUUGUCAAGGCAGUAUAGUUCAUAUCGUGUAAUGUUUUUGCAUCUCAUAUAAAUAAAUAAAACUUUUGCUGCUUUUUC